AUGCCACGGGGAGGACGUCUGCGGCUCGCGCGGACCGUCCGGGCGGUGCCGGGGAACCCACGAAAGGAGACGUGUGGAUCGGUGCGCCCCAGUGUGGGGACGGAACACACCCAGGGACGCUCCUUCUCCCAGCCUCCGACCACCCUCCAACCUCUCUUCCACACACAGACUUCGCCACUCUCUUCUCGGCCACUCUCCGCCCCCGGGGCCCGCCAGCACCCCAUCCCGCGCCGGGCUCCCGGCCGCUCCAGGCCCGGUCCCAGCGGCCGAGGCCCGUCCACCGCCCGCUGCCCGCGCUCCACGGCCUCGCAUGCCGCCGGCCUCCCCGCCUCUCUCGGCACCGCGAGGCCCAGGCUCCGGCCGCCGGGCCCCGCCUCCCCCCCCCCCCCCCGCACGGCCCCGGAGAAGCCCGAGGGCGCCCACGGCUCCCGAAGAUGCAGCCCGGAGCCCCCGCGGCCGCUCUCCGCGCAGGUGCCCGGCUCCUCGCUCCCCGCCGAACCGCGGCCGGGGACGCGAGCGCCCGACUCCCCUCCGCAGGCUCGACCCGCGCGGGCGGGCUGGGCGCCGGGCUCUCCCAGAGGCUCACCCGCGGGCGCGCCUGGGGGCCCGGCGGCCUCGGAGGGCCCUCGGGCUGCUGCCAGAGCCUGUGCGGUAGGCGACGGGGCACUUCGGAGACCCCCUGGAGCCCUCUCCCAGCGGUGGACCGAGGGGAAACAAGAACGCUUUUUGCAGUAA